AUGAAUGACACGGUCAGACUUGACAUCAGUGGAACUAUGUUCAGGGCAAAGAAAAGUACAUUGCAGAACAUCCCAACCAGUCGUUUGGCGAACUUAAACGACUCAUGCGAGGAAUACGACAGGAAAUCGGGUAUUUAUAUUUUUGACAGGGAUGCUGUCUCCUUCAGAUACAUACUGAAUGCCUAUAUUAACGGGGAGUUGCAUGCGCCGAAAGACGUCUGCCCAAACCAGUUCAAAACAGAGCUCGACUUCUGGGAUAUUCCAAUCAAGCUGUUGCCACUGUCUGUUGUGGUGGUCAGUGUCAUAGUUCUCACCAUUUGGACGCAGGUUGGAGUUAGAGUUGACCUCUACAUUGAGCCAAAUACCAACGCUGUUCCGAAUUACACAUUCUUCAACAUGCCUAAUCAAUUGAAAACAUACUUGGAGCAUAAAUAUUCCCCGAUACUUCUCUUACUGGGUCUAACCGACCCCCACCCAGCCCUUCUCGCAGUCGACGCAUUUUGCAUGACUGUUUUCAUUGUGGAGCUGAUUGUGCAUUUUUGUGCCUGUCCCAGUAAAAGUCAGUACUUGAGGAGCAAGUUCAACGUAGCAAAAAUACUUCUCUGCAUCUGUAUGAUCACUGCUUCGGGACUCGAGAUGAAUAAAUCACAUAUGAUUGGAAAUAAUCAACUGUUGAAAUUUUUCCUCAUCAUGAAAAGUAUCAGUGUUUUCAGACUGAUAUUCAUAUUUCGUUUGCGAAAAUUGUACAAAGACUUCGAUCUCCUUCUGUUGGCGAUCAGCCACAGUUUCUCGGAGCUUGUACUGCUGCUGUUCAGUUUCUCCAUCCUCGUGAUCGUCUAUGGAACAAUCAUGUUCUCCACUGAAUUAGAGACCGACACGUUCAAGAACCCACUGUACGCCAUGUGGUGGGCCCUCGUCACCAUGACGACAGUGGGUUACGGUGACUUCUAUCCGACGACAACGCUGAGCUACUUCGUUGGUGGUGUCUGCGCGGUGAAUGGACUAAUAGUGAUUGCACUUCCCAUAGCUGCCAUCGCUUCAAACUUCUCCUUGUUCUAUUCGAGAAAUGGCUUUUUAACAAAACAUAUGAAUGCUGUAAAGCAAGGUUGUGAGAAAUCAAACACGAGAAAUGGCGAUCUUACGGAGCAUUUGAAUGUUGUGAAGCAAGAACACAAGACAUCAAACAUGAGAAAUGUUGGUGUAAAGCAAGGAAGCGAGAACUCAAACACGAGAAACGGCAAUCUAACGAAGUAUUUGAAUGCUGGGAAGCAAUGGCGUGAGAAAUCAAAAACGAGAAAUGGAGAUUUAACAAAACAUGUGAAUGCUGUGAAGCCGGGUAAGGAGAAAUUAAAAACGAGAAAUGGCGAUGUAAUAAAAUAUUGAAUGAUGUUAAGCAUUGACAGGAAACCUCAACCACGAGAAAUGGCGAUGUAACAAAACAUGUGAAUACUGUGAAGCAAGGACACGAUAAAUCAAACGCGAGAAAUAGCUAAUUAAGAAAACAUUUGAAUGCUGUUAAACAAUAACGGAAGAAAUUAAAUAUGAUAAUUGACGAUUUAACAAAGCAUUUUAAUGCUGUGAA